CGCGCAGCCCCUCCCUUCACGUUAGUAGAAGAGGCAGACGGUCCUACAGAUCACCACAGACACAGACAGACGGAGCAACGACAUGCUGCCAGCACACUUCAGUAAGAUGCAUGCACUGCUGCUGCUGCUGCUCAUGGGCUUUGUGGCCAUGACCGCUGCUCAGCCCCAGUGUGACCCACUAACUGAAUAUGAGUUGAAUGGCCAGUGCUGCAAAAUGUGUGGUCCAGGGACCAGAAUGUCGUCCUCCUCCGGCACUUGUCAGGAUCCUCAGUGCGUAGAAUGUGGCGAUAAUGAAUAUCAGGAGAAAUACACAAAGGAAACCAAGUGUGAACGUCAGCCGUACUGUGACCCAAAUACAAACUUUCAGGCUGUUGUCCAUGAGAGCAAGAAGAAAAAAAGCCUCUGCAUGUGUAAAGAUGGAUUCCACUGCUCCAGUGAAGAAUGCGUAACCUGUGUGGCGCACACAAACUGUGAACCAGGACAUUGGGCUCUACGCGUAGGUACCCAUACGGUGGACACAGUGUGUCAGAAAUGCCCUGAAGGCACAUUUUCCAACGACAGCUCAUGGCACAGUGUCUGCAGGAAAUGGACAGUAUGUGAGAGUGGAUACCAUAUUCAACAAAGAGGAACGGACAAAUCUGACAACAUCUGCGAGGCAACCUCAAGGGGGCACAUAGUCCUGAUCGUUGUUCUGGCUCUUCUGAUUGUGUUUUCAGUAGUAUUUUUGAUUGUGUGGUGUCUAUGCAAAGGUAACCAAGAAGAUGCACGUGGAAAGGUAAAGGUCUGUGUCGGAUCAUGUUUCGGAGAUGGAAGGCAGCCACUGAGAGAAACCAAAGUGCUGAUAACAAACCCGACUGAUGCUACUGAGGAGGAGUCCAUGAAGCUGCCUGAGCUGCAGUCCUCGCAAGAGGAGGGUGGUGCGGGGCCACCGGAGGAAAACGAGGACCAGCCGAGCCAGGAGAUAUCAGCAGGUCUAAUUCUCACUGAGAACGGAAAGGUUGUGACUGAGGAAUAUGGGAAGUCGUCGGUCCUCUCCCGACAGGAAUCCCAACCGCAUACAUUUCCAGACAGCUGCGGUUACUAAUGCCCCUUUCAAACCUAUGUCUUAAAGGUGCCCUGCCACACAUAUUUCAUGACUUUGUGGUAAUGUCUGAAGUUCGACCAUGGACUCUGUAACAUUUUUUUUGGAACAAAUGCCUUAGUUACCUUGU